GUCAAGGCUGACGGAGCACACACGGUCGGGGCGCCUGGAGAAGGGCGGCUGGUCACGCGCCACCCAGGGUCUGGGCCCCUGCACGAUCUGCAGGCGAGCUCGGGCACGGGGCCCACCCACCCCACCUCUCGAUCGCAGGCCGCACAGAAGCUUCUGCCUCCUUCCUGGCCCCCCUCCGGACCUCCCCGGGGAGGCUCGGCGGGUGUGGACUGGACUGAGGUGGAACGAGUUCUGUAGCUCAGACGGCAGCCCCGGUGGCUUCUGGUGUGAGGGCAGGCCCAGCUGGAGAAGGCGAUCAGGGCGGACGAAGCCGGCGCUCCCGGGUCUGGGUGGAUCCUGGUCGGAGCGUAACUCUCAGUAGGGAGCCCCGGAAGCCACCCGCUGAAAAAGAUGCCUGGCUUCAACAGAUUGUUUCCCCUGGCUUCGCUCCUGCUCAUUUUGUGGGCUGGUAUCUGCUUCCCUGUGUGUGUGGAAGUGCCCUCGGAGACGGAGGCGGUUCAGGGCAAUCCCAUGAAGCUGCGCUGCAUCUCCUGCAUGAAGAGGGAGGACGUUGAGGCCACCACGGUGGUGGAAUGGUUCUACAGGCCCGAGGGCGGUAAAGAUUUCCUUAUCUAUGAGUAUCGGAACGGCCACCAGGAGGUGGAGAGCCCCUUCCAGGGACGCCUGCAGUGGAACGGGAGCAAAGACUUGCAGGACGUGUCCAUCACUGUGCUCAAUGUCACCCUGAACGACUCCGGCCUCUAUACCUGCAACGUGUCCCGGGAGUUUGAGUUUGAGGCACAUCGCCCCUUCGUGAAGACCACCCGGCUGAUCCCCCUCCGUGUCACCGAGGAGGCUGGAGAGGACUUCACCUCUGUGGUCUCAGAAAUCAUGAUGUACAUCCUCCUGGUCUUCCUCACUCUGUGGCUGCUCAUCGAGAUGAUAUAUUGCUACAGGAAGGUCUCAAAGGCCGAAGAGGCAGCCCAAGAAAAUGCGUCUGACUACCUGGCGAUCCCAUCGGAGAACAAAGAGAACUCUGCGGUACCAGUGGAGGAAUAGGAGGGGGAAACCGGAGGUGAUGUACAGGGAAGGGAGGGGCAGGUAGAUAAGGAGGCAGGUUGUACAAGUGACCUUGACACCCACAAACCAAAAUGACUUUAGAUUUGGUCCCUUAGAUUUCUACCCUACCCAGAGUCCCCACCCUCAGGGUACUUCUUUAAGUUGAUGCCCAAGUAGUCAUAGAGCUCUGUGCGAGGUUCAAGUCCUUCAGAAGGUGAGUUGCUUUGGCCUGAGUGUUGGGGCAACUUGAACUCCUUACCCACAGUGACAAAAAAUAAUUCCCCAUUCUCCCUCCUAUGUAAGGAUCGUGGAUGAGGUCAGAGAGCCUUUGGCUGGGCUGGACUGGGCUGGCAAUCCUCAGUGAGCUGUUUUAUCACUGGUAGGUGGCCUGAACACUGAAGCGCUGGCUACCCCAUGUUCAGUGAUGUCAACAGCGUCAGGAGGGUGCCCCAGGGGCCACAUCACUUCCCUUCACGCGUCCAUCCUUCAGUUCAUUCAUCAUACAUCCACUCACCUCUGAACUGUCACCUCUGACUUGCUAACUCCAUCAGACCUCCACACACAAGACUUUGCCAGAACCAAGGAGCCAACAUUUCUACACGACUCAACCUCAGCCUGCCCUUGCUUUCAAGCAAGCAGCUCCCAUGCCAACUGGACCCCUCCCCCGUGCUCCACCUGGCUUUGAACAUGUGCUGGAGCCCGCUGAUUCUCCAUUGCCGCAAGUGAAUGGAGGGCUUAACGGAAGGAAGCUGGAGUGAUUAGUCUGGGUUAAAGCAAGAGUGUCAUGAAGUGGGAUUCCUUGAAGUCAGUUUUUCUAAGUUCCUGGUCCACUUGGCUGGAGCAUCAGAGCAAAGCAUGCGUUUCUAGGCCCUCCAGUGAUAGAAAGUUCAUUAAGCAUGGACUAAAAUGUUCUCUGGACUAUGGUGCUCCAGGGCUAGAUCCCAAGAGGCCUCAAAGGCCUGAGUUAGUGUCAGUACUUCAAGAAGCCGAGGGCAGGGGACUUGGGAAGUCAUACAACAUGUUCAUGAUCCUCCUGGGGCAACGUGUGUGCCUUGCCAGGUGAACGCACCACCGGAGAUGGCAAGGUGGCAUUGUUUUCCUGUGGGCACUGGGACUGCAAUUCCCAAGUUCUUCCUCUCAAAAUUUCUGUGGGUCAGUAUUAUUACUCAUACAGGAGGCAACGGAGACUCAAGACAGGACUCCACUGAUAAGAGACUUCAAAGGAUAAACUGGAGCAGAUAGAAGCCUAAGGCGCGGUCCAGUUUACACUUCCCGAGAUGGGAUAAUUUUGUUCUUGAAAAGACUUUGAAAUUGAGUCUGGCCAUGGCACAGAACGCAGUGGAUUGCCUGGAUGAGGUUAGCUCUGAUUCAGGUAAUUAGAGAUUGGCCAAAAAGGCAGAGAGAAGGAUGUGAGGUAGAUUUGAAGAAUUUCUUUAGUGAAAAGAUUUGUGAAUCUGAGACAUCUUCCAGAAGGGGAACGCAUCCGGGAAUGGCAUUUAACUAAGACAUAUGUUUUUAGCCUGAGAUAGAUGAUGGCAAAUGAGUGAUGUGAUAGAGGAGGGACAGGCUAGGUGGCUUCCAAAUAUUUCACCUGUGAAUUCAUAAUGUCCAAGGUUUUUUUUGUUUUCCCCUAGAUGUUAGGAGAGCAGAUGAACACUGGAAACAUUUUAGUCGAUAUCUCAUGUUUCACUUUGAGUAAUUGGUGUAAGUGUGAUGUCCUCCUGCACCUUGUGAUGAGAGGGGGAAGGAUGCUUUAUGGGAUGUGAGAAGAUGAAAGUGACUGGGAUUCGAUGAACAAAAUGUCCCUCAGAUCCAGGGGCAUCUAUGGGGAAAGAUCCCACUCUCUUGGCUUUGGGUCUCACCUGACAAACUCAGUUCAUCUCUGCCAUCCCUGGGAAAGCACUUGAAUUAGUCCUUGUUUACAUAUUUGAGAGUCUGAUUUUAUCGAAGAAAAUACUUUCAAUAAAUUCAAGGCCUUUCUCUUUGGUAAUUUCCCACACAAUCUCUCUGAAAUAGGGGACAGAAUAUAGAUUUUCCUUACUUUCCUGUGAGGAAAACAGGCCUGGAUUACUGUGAGGUUUUCCCAGUCACGUGGAUGGUGGAUGAGAAGCCUGCCGCAGAAACUACUUUCUACCACUCCACUUCCCUCUUGCUUCAGUAGACCACGCAUCUAACUUGUGAUCUAGAAUGCACGUUUUUUUUUCCUUUUUAAAAGCCCAACUCAGAUAUUUCCUGGGUGAUUUUUAAUGAAGCUGAAUGGUACCUCUCUUUUUUUUCUUAUCCUUUACAAGUAAUCUUCUCUAGUCUUUUCCUCCUCCUAACUUCUCAACUCUUCUCAUCUUUAAUGCUUUCUUUAUUAAGCUAUAUGAUUUACCAAGCAUUUUAAUUAUCUUAUUUCUUCUCCACAACUAGCUCUGUGAGGUGGAUAUUACUAAUACGUUAACAAAUGAAGAAACACGCUGUCUGAGGCUAAGAAGCUUUACCAAAUCAUAAGUUCAUAUAGUGGGUAAACAGAGAGCUGGAAUUCAGGUCUUCUGAGCCCUAGCCCAGCUCUCUUUCCACUGAGACCGUAGCUGCUUCCUUUCCUCUCAUUUUUCUUUUUUUUUUUUUUUCUU